AUGGACACAUCAGGUGCUAUGGGAUUGUUCAAGAAACUUGAUGUUGGUCCACUCGAGCUUGGGGACUAUCUUGCAAUUGGUGCUAUUUUCUCUGCGACAGAUUCUGUUUGCACCUUACAGGUGCUUAACCAGGAUGAAACACCCCUACUCUAUAGUCUAGUUUUUGGUGAAGGUGUUGUUAAUGAUGCAACAUCUGUUGUUCUCUUCAAUGCAAUUGAAAACCUUGAUAUUGCUAAUUUUGAUGCUAUUGUUCUGUUGAAUUUCGUCGGAAAAUUUCUCUACCUGUUCUUCACCAGCACCAUACUUGGAGUAGCUGUAAGUAAUCACCUAUUGCCACUGUUACUGGGUUGCUUAGUGCGUAUCAAGAAGCUCUGUUUUGCCAGACAUUCAACUGAUAGAGAAGUUUCUAUCAUGAUACUCAUGGCAUACCUUUCGUACAUGCUGUCAAUGCUGUUGGACCUGAGUGGCAUUCUUACUGUUUUCUUCUGUGGAAUAGUAAUGUCACAUUACACUUGGCAUAAUGUGACAGAAAGUUCUAGGGUUACCACUAAGCAUACUUUUGCAACUUUAUCAUUCAUUGCAGAAAUUUUCCUCUUCCUCUAUGUUGGGAUGGAUGCAUUGGACAUUGAGAAGUGGAAAUUAGCUAGUAGCAGUCCUAAGAAACCAAUUGCUUUAAGUGCAAUUAUAUUGGGAUUGGCUAUGGUUGGAAGAGCGGCGUUUGUAUUCCCUUCGUCGUUCCUAUCCAACCUAAGUAAAAAGGAGGCCCGUCCAAAGAUCUCCUUCAAGCAACAAGUAAUCAUAUGGUGGGCUGGUCUCAUGAGAGGAGCAGUGUCAAUUGCACUUGCCUAUAACAAGUUUACAUCAUCUGGUCAUACUGAAGUGCGAGUUAAUGCUAUCAUGAUUACCAGCACAGUUAUUGUUGUUCUAUUCAGCACAAUGGUUUUCGGUCUGCUCACCAAGCCGCUGCUUAGUCUCCUCAUCCCACCAAGGACUGUCUUGAACACGUCAUCUCUGCUCUCCAGCCAGUCUAUUCUGGACCCACUUCUUACUAGCAUGGUGGGGUCUGACUUUGAUGUAGGACAGAUCAACUCCCCCCAGUACAACCUCCAGUUUAUUCUCACCGCGCCAACUCGCUCUGUCCAUCGCCUUUGGCGCAAGUUUGACGAUCGGUUCAUGCGCCCAAUGUUCGGGGGGCGAGGUUUUGUUCUUUUUGUGCCUGGUUCGCCGGUGGAGGGGAGCGUCCCUGAACCUCACUUGGGCACUGUGACGGAGGCAUAG